CAUUCGAGUGCCUCGCACAUUCACUAAGGUUGGAGCUGCCGCUCCAACGUUUAGAAGAUGUUGUCACAUACCUUCUCGAGAAAGAUGCAGGGCUGUCAGCAACUGCGACUCUUGAUCCAGACAUGUGGAGCUGGGCUAGAAACAUGGCGUUGUUUCCCAAGGUUCAAGCAGCGGUUCUUGCUGCUGAUCAACUGUGCACCAGAAUUAAGGGGAAGGUUGUUAAUGCUACUGCGGAAUCUCAAAUCGUCGAAUUUUCGGUUACAGUCAAUGCCGACCACGAUAACCCUAAUCCGAUUUGUGCUAUUGUUAUUUUAGCGAUACUUGAUGGUGAGGUGUCAAAUGAUGCGUCAGGUUUCGGCCAGAUGGUUGGCGUCGACCUUUCAUGCUGUCAUCAGUCAUUUCAAAAGGACAUCCGAAACCCCCCGAAGGAUCGUCCCCUCGAACUCGGGUUCGUCUUUGCAUGGAUACGUGGGCAGCAUGCCUCGAGUUGGUUGUUCGGCUAUCAUCAAAACAACGUAGUUACCAGGAUGCUACAGCAAUUAAGCGAUGAUAAAGACUCGACUGGCACCUCCCUCUUUUUGCGGAUGCACAAAAAUGAGCGGAACACGGAAGUCUUUGAACUUGGGAUCGAGUUCAUACUCGACGUUUACAGAGGUCCUUUAUCUUGGUCACGAGGAUACUACAAGCGGUCAUUGACCAUCUAGGGUCAUGAGGAGAUGUAUGCUAACACGUAUCAUAAUAGCUUUGCAAUCACUAUUUACAAUUUGUCCUUUAAUGCAAUUACAUUUGAACUCACAGAACCGCCUUCAU